AUGGUCUCAGCCGCCCUCCUGCUCGACCGUUGGCGGGCUCGAUUGCCACCUCUCCUUCGCGAGCAGUUGGGGCAAGUCGCUGGUGCGCUCAACGACCCCACUGGGCAGUCUCACCUUGGGACACUGGACGAGGCCCAAAUUGGCUUGCGGCCUGUUCACAUUUACGAUCUACCCGACGAGCUACUCCUGGGGGUCUUCCGCUAUCUCCUCAACCGCGAUGAUAUCAAGAGUCUCCGACUUUCCUCCAAACGCCUCAACGAGACCAGCUCCCACCUUCUGAUCAACACACUGCGCGUCAGUCCGAACUCAAAAUCGCUCGAGCGCCUCGAUCAGGUUUCUCGCCACCCGAAUAUCUCAAGGGGCGUUUGUCGUCUCAUAGUCUCGGUUGAUGUCUACAGCCCCGAGCUCGCUCGUGACGUGCAGGGCUUCACUACUUACUGCCUGAGGGAGCUCGCCGAGUUCAUAAAUCUGCCCAGGGCGCACGUCAUAACCAGAGCAGCCGAGGAAAUACACCGCUCCUGGCGCUGCUUCCUCGAGUCUUUUCAGGAUCCUUACAACGGAACCGCGCAUCUCAAUGACGACCACAUCAGUGCCCUACACAAUGGCUGGCUGCGAUAUAAAGAUUUGUAUGAUCAGCAACAGAUGGUCCUCCUCAAUUGGCGUUUCUCAGAUGGCAUUGCUUCAGCGAUAUCCAGGAUGGCCUUCCUCAAUGAUUUGGUCAUCACGGACAGGUCAAGAAGCACCGCUGACGAGGAUCUCUGGAGCCCCAGCCUUUGUCACAAGAUGAGCACUCUGGUCCAGCAUCCCACCCGUCUAGUCGAAGAGAUGAUGAUACACACUUUCUCCUGGCGGAAGGCGGCGGAGAAGUCCGUGCAACACCCACCCACCUAUCUGCUCCAUCUGAUCCUGCUGGCCAUCCACAAUGCAGGCUCCUCACUCGCUCACCUCAGAUUCGACCUGACACCUCCGCAGUACCUCGGGCUGAAGCUCGAUCAUUUCGAGUGGACCCAACUUAGGUCGUUUGCCCGAAGCUUGAAGUCAUGCAGGCUCGCCAUCGGGGCUGAACGCUCGACAUCUGUUCAGAGAAUUCGGAGCCGGGAAGAAAUUCGCAAUUUUGAGAAGUUUUUAGCCGUCCUCACCCGUUCAAGCAAGUUGGACACAUUGGCACUGGACUUUGCAUUUCGAGAGAGACACUGCCACCGCAUAAAUCGCACGAAUGAUCCGAGACGCACCUCCAUCGGGCCUCUCAUGGUUGACUGGCAGAAGCACCAUAACAUCCACCUGAAAAACUGCUCCAUCACCCUGAAAGAGCUUUGCACUUUUAUUAACCUUCCUAGAAAGGAGCCGGCCGUCUUCGGGCUCUGGUAUGUCUAUUUGCUGGAUGGAACCUGGGCAGAGGCAGUAGAGAUCCUCCGUCGCGAGGUGCUGAGAGGAAAUUUGAGCCGAGACUCGUACGUGAGAUGGCCUUACGGGGCUGAAUGUUUGACCAUGGCCAUGGACGAGCGGAAGAGGAUCUUCCACUACAGAAGUAAUCGAUGUUUCCACAAGGACUCUUUGGUCAAUUGUUACAUCAAGGGAUACGACGUUGGUGCUGCAAUCAACCCACUGCGAUAA